CCCUGUUAUGUGAUCAAUCGUGCGUUUCAAUGAAGCCUGCUUAUUACAAAGAGCAGAGAAAGAUUAUGUCGAAUAUUUCAGAUUCCUGAUCCUUGGUUAAGAAUAGCGAAGGAAACCAAGAAGUUAGCUAUGUCGUCCUCGUCGUCACAGACAGCCUUCCGAAGUCGGAGCAAGACUCUGCCAAUGCCUUCCAGAGUUAAGAUCGAGAAAAAGAUUGUACAAGAGCCCAAAACAAGGUCGCCACUUCCCUUCAGAAGAUUAGCAGACCUCUUGAAAAGGAAAAAAAAGCGAAGUAAAGGAACUUCUGAUUCUUUCAAUGUGCCCUUAGAAAGGCAAACCUGGUUUCAUGGAAAGAUCACAGCAGAUUUUGCAGAGCGUUACUUACGGCGUGACGGAAACUUCUUGGUGCGCGAAGACCCAGCAAAACCGGGCAGCUGUUUUAUCGUGGUGCGCCACAAACGGUCAGCGGUUCACAUACCACUUGUGAAAGUAAACUCGUCUAAAGGAACAAGGAUUAAGUAUAGGACAGAAGAAUCUGAGAGCAGUUUCGAUUCCAUAUGCGAGUUAAUCAACUAUUAUGUAACGGAAAAGAAACCGUUAACCCCGAACACUUCAGCAAUAAUCACGCAUGCUGUCAGCCGCGAUGCAACACUUUUGUCGUCGGACGAUUUAAAAAGUUUUAACUCCAAUCACCACAAAAGGUAUGUAACAAACACUGUUCCUGCUAAUGCCUGUCCGCCUAACCCGCCUGGGACUGGUCCCUUGCGACAGAGACGAAUCGAAAAACCAGCUCGCAAGAACAGUGAUCCCGGAUUACAUCUUGAGGUUUAUCAAAAUGGCGACAAAAUGCGACAGUUUACGAUGGAUUCUCGGGUGAAAAGAAAUGUUCCUUCCUCCCCGGAUAAAUUAUCAUGGACAGUUCAGCCGAAACAACGGGAGAAAAUUCCCGAGGCUUUCCUCGUUAAGGCCGAGAAAGAGGACGAUUUUCCAUUUUAUGAGACACCGUAAGGAGAGAAGAAAGAAGAUGAUCCGAAGGAAACUUUACAAACGUCGGAACCAUUUUAUGAGGAUCCAGAUAAAAAGGAAAGUUUGGAAAAUUACUAUGAUAAACCUGGGGAAAAUGAAAAGUCAUCAACGUCAGUUGAUGCCUCGGGGAAAGCAGAACAUUAUGAUGAAAAAAAUGAGAAGGAAAAAGAUGAUGGCUACUACGACAAACCUGCCAAUGGGAACGAAGACCAAGAUUUUUAUGAUAAACCGUCCCCCAUAGAAAGCGCCAAAGAAUACUACGACAAACCACCCAAGCAAUGCAGCCAAGCAAGCCUGCCGAACAUUCCCAGAGAACAAAGUCAGGAAGAUAUUUAUGAUAAGCCACGACGUAGCAUUGACUGCCUGUACGACACACCACGGGCCAGUCAGGAUAACCUAUACGACAAACCACCCCCCAAACCUAAAAGGACUGAGUCUUUCAGGAACUCAGAUCCAACUGUUUCUUCGAAAAUUCCUCCCAAACUCGUGUCAAGAUGUAGUGCGCCAGCAUUGCGGACCUAUGAUUCUGGCGCAUCCGCCCCCAGGGGUCCUUCCUUUGAAACUCUUCCAGAGAAAAGGCAUUCAGGGGCUGAGUUUUUCUUGAGGAAAGCCACAUCGAAGAAUUCAUCUUCAGGUGGAGUUAACUUAGAGCCUAAAUCCUACUACUCUACACCUCCAUCAAGGCAAACAGAAAGUCCUAUGUCAUCAAAAUCUGACCUGGGUUUGCCUGAAAAUCUAGACAUAUAUGACGUACCAACUGAAUCUGGCGCUACAGAACAAGUACUGACACCUUCAAAGGCAACCGAUUGCGAGAAAGAGAACCACACGAGUCCAAAUGUUGAAGACAGCAGACCUAAGCGAUCAGGUUCUGUGGACAAAAAGGGAAUCUUUUUAAACGUGAUGAAAAAGAUUGGAGAGAACUUGCUUUCACCAUUCCUAGAGAUUGACUGCUUUGCCCUUGCAAGGCACAUGACUCGUGUGGAUCUGAUACAACUAUGGGGCGAGGAGCCGCAACGUCAGUCUUGGAGCAUUGAGGAUGGUACAGGAGGAGCGAAAGGUCUGGAGAUUCUUACGCUUCCUCAAGGAAGAGACCAAAGGGCACAGUUACUUUCAAGAUUUUCUAAUGUGAGACACUGGGUAGCGACAUUGGUCGUGGCAGCGGGUGACCUGGGCACUAGAGGCAAAGUACUCAAAAAGCUGAUUGAAUUGGCUGAUGUACUGAGCGAUAAACUUGGUAAUCUGGUGUCAUUUAUGGCUGUCAUGGAAGGACUCUCUUUACCUCAGGUAACGCGACUUCACCACGCGUGGUCAUGCCUCCAUCACCAGUGCAGCUCAACUGCGAUUCUCUACCAUAGCACUCUCAAGCCAUUGGCAGGGCUCUUGAGCUCGGGGGCUCCAAGCCCUUUUCCCGGAGUGAGCCUUCCUUAUAUCAUACCCUUGGUCCGGUACCUGGAAAUGACCCCGGAAGAAAUUCUCAGUGACUGGGCACACGCUGAGGUAGACCUUGGGUUAGAGACAGUUUCGGCACAUUUGGACUCUGGGCGCAUUCUGACCCAACAGCUUGAGGAGUUCCGUGUAGAAGCAAUUACUCACCUACGCAAAGAUGACUUUCUGUUCGAUCCUAAACUCAUAAAUUAUUUCCAAGAGAAAGUCAACGUUGGAAAUGUGUUAGGACUGGGUCCUGAUCCCACUAAUCGGACAAAUAAAUUAAGGACUUUGCUACAGUGGCUUUCGGAAAACGCGGAACAUCCCACUAGUGCAGAGACCUCUGGGGUGUAGAGAAGGGAAUUUUAUACUCGUUCCGAAAUCUGCUGAUGAUAGUUUAUGGUUGAUGGGAUGCCAUUUCAUUUGUUUCUGUCAGGUCGCUAUGAGAUUAUGGUGGUUGAUCUUUCAAUCAAACAGCCCUUCUACAUUGUAAUUUUGUAUACUCUGGACUCUGUUUUGAUUUUGUAUUUCAAAACUUGGUGUUUAAUCUUUUUAUGGCCAAUAAGGUGUUUUCGUUGACGUGGUAAAGUUUACAUGAACAAUCCUUUAUCUUACACUUUUUUUUUACUUAAAAAAAAAUUGAUAAGAAGAUAUGAAAGUGUCUUUUAUAUUGUAAAUAAUUCACCCGAAUUGGACCUUGAACUGUGAGUUUUAAUUUCUACAGUUCGAGAACGUUUCGAUAUAUACAUGACUAACGUAAUUUUUUGGUUCAGUUAGGUGCCACACACUGCUGUUAAUCCAUAUUUGCACAGUUAUGCCGUAAAAGAAUCACUGCUUAUCGAUCUUAGAAAAUAUUAAACUGAAGCCUAGAGUUGAACUCAGUGCAAAUUUCCCAAACAUGAUAAAGGGUUCAUUUCAAGUUUUUGUUUGAAUUUUUUCCCUUUUAGAUAAACGAAUCUUAGUUCAAUGCUAAAGUUUCAGCUUGUCUGGAACUCGACUUGGAAAUGUAAUGAAAUCAGUUGAUGCCGGGAACAUAAAAUGUUGUACACAAUUUGUGUGAACCUACUUGUAAAUAUCAAAAGUUGUUGGAAAGAAGCAGAAAGUAAAUCAAAGAGCAUUGUUAGUGA